AUGGGUUUACUAAGUAAAAAAUCAAACGACUACGACACCACUACCACGACGGGUGUGGGACACGACAACAACCCAUAUACGACUGGGAAUGCGACUUUGGGAAAUAAUACUCAAAGCGGAUAUGGAGGUGUUAACAGGAACGGAGGACCGUUAGGACAUCAUACGGGUCAAGGUGUAUCUGGUACUGGACCUGCUCCGACUUAUCCACAAACCACAGCCACUGGUGGUCAUGCGGGAGGCGCAGGUGCGGGCGUACAUCCUCCUCCGGUGGCUGGUGCAGGCCAUGUGAACACCGGCCCAGCACCUCUCCAUGGAGUUAACAGCGGCUCUACACCCAGUACGAAAGAGGCUGUGAAACUGGAGAAGAAAGGUCACAGGGAAGAGAAAUUGGGUAAUAUUUUACAUUCCACUUCUAUGAAAGAAAAAUCAGCAGCUCAUCUUGCGCAAGCCGAUCAUCUCAAGAUGCAAGCUUCCGAGUUGAACGAAGCUGAAAGACUAGAGCACGAAGCUGGAAUGAGAAGACAGAGGGCAGUAGGGCUUGGUGCCGAUCCCAUGCACGCCCAUGGGUCGACUGGACAUGGGCCAGGGACAGCUACUCACAUCUAG